AUGUUGAUUACAUUUGUUGUUGAUACAAGUGGUUCUAUGAACCAAAAGACAGCAAAUGGAAUGUCACUACUGGAUUGUGCUAAAGCUGCAAUCGAACACUUUAUAAAGAUCAGAUCAAAAGAUAGUUCAAUUAGAAACGACAGAUUCUUUUUGAUCACGACGGAGGAGAGUUCGCAUGCAAUCAAGAGUGGCUGGCGUGACCACUUCAACUCGUUUCUCAAUGAGCUGAAGAACUUGCAUUGCAACGAUCUCUCUGUUGUGCCCGGUUCGAUUUGUCGUGCAUUCGACUUGCUCAACCAAUUCCGAAUACACACGCUGAUCGAUAACUACGGCAUGGGUCGCAACCCUUGGUUUCUCGAGCCGGCGGUGGUGGUGUUGCUCAGCGAUGGCGGUGCAAUGACCACUGCCAACGGGCUGGUCGAUCAAUUCCAAGUGCCUCGCUCGACCAUCCCGUUUGCAGAGCUAACGAGCGAGGCAUAUCGUUGGGAUCAACGACUGUUUUCGAUCUUGAUGAAAUUCUCUGGUAUUGCAAGCACGUUGCCACCCACUAUCAACUCAACGUCGUCGCUUGUCAGCAAUGAGUCGAUCUCAGCGGUGUGUGACGCCACCGGUGGUAAACUACAGAUUGCGACCAACAUGAAACAGAUGAUCGCACAAAUAGAGUCACUCAUAACGAAACUAACGAGUGGAGUAUUGGUAACAUUCGAUCCACUACCAUCUCAAUCCGUUCCGAUGCAACCGACACCAUCUCUACAUAAAAUGUUAUAUGUCAGAGGUACACAAGGUUUUUGGCCUAUACCAGAAUCAUAUUAUCCAGAUAUCAAUUCAAAUACUUUUCCAUCAAGAUCAACACAUCCAUUAAUUAGAUAUUCAUUAUUUGAAUGUGAUUCAAAUAUACCAGAGAAUUUCCCAUUCGAUAAGUAUGAAGUAGAACCAUGCUCUGCCACUCAAUAUCUUUUAGCAAAUAAAAUCAAUUGUGUACAAACAUUUGUAUUUAAUAGUCAAUCUAUACCUGGACAAGGUGAUCCAUUUGGAUAUCUAAGACCAAGUUCGAAUGGUCAAACCGUUAAUCUCUUUGUAUUUCCUUAUAACUAUCCAAGACUGUGGGUACUACUCGAUGAGUUGGUCAAUCAUUUAAAGUUGGCACCAUCACCAAAGUGGAAACAAGAAUUUGAAACAUUAAAGAGAUUUUGUACUAUAAAUUUAAUACCCGAUAAUAUAGAUAUACAAUUCACAAAUCAUAUGAAUAAUUUUGUAAAAAAGUUAAAGACACAAUCGGCAGCACAGCAACAACAACAACAGCAGCAGCAACAACAAUCACAAUCAAACAAACAGGAAUCAUCGAAACAGAAAUCACCCUCUAUCACCAACAUCAAUGUAAAUAAGGACAUAGGAAACAGUUCGCCCUAUAGCAAAUCUUUGUUUAGCAAUAGGAGUGUACAUAAGAUUCUGGAGAGUGGAUUCGACUCUUUUGCUGCGGUGCCCGACGCCGAAGACGAGGUGGCAGAGUCAUUCGAAGAUAUUCAACAGAAUGCAUCGACAUCGAAUCCACAGAGUGUUUAUCUUCAUCGUAAUGUUUUCGACAUUCCAAAGAAUGGAUUGCUGGCGCAACUCGAUCGAAUGAAACAUCAUCUCUUCAAGAAGCGACAGGACGACGAAGAGCUGAAAUAUCAUGUGCCAAUCAGUCAAAUGGGUAACUAUCAUGAAACACUAAACAAACGUGAGACUCUGCGUGAUAUCGAUGAGGAUAAGAAACCGAAUCAUCCUUUGUUUGGUAAUCCCUAUCGUAAGGACAAAGGACAACGACUCGAUGUCUCCAUCGAUGAAGCAGAGGACAGUGAUAUGGAGGGUGCUUCACUCAAGAAAGGACCACCCAAGAGGAGAAGACUCUCAAAGCUACCACCACCGAUCAAGAUUGCACCGAAACCAACGCUACCCACAACACCAACAUCACCUCCUCCUCCUCCGGUAUCUACAACUCCUUUGCCGCAAACACCUUUAUCACCACCACAACAACCUACCUCUGUGGCACUGCCAAACAUACUUCAACAGACAUCAACAAUACCUACAGCAAAUGUAGCUACAUCUCCAGUACAAUCAAGUUUUGUACCAUCUAUGCCAGCAGCGGUUGCAACAUCAUCAGCAGCUGCUACAAACACAGUGGUAGCGUCACCAGUUCCAACAUCACCAUCUAUACCAUCACCACCAACACCGACAGCCAGUAACAUUACAGUAUCACCCGUUUUACUAUCAAACAUUUCACCACCACAACUACCGACAUCUCCCAUUCAAACCAAACUUUCACCACCACAACCAUCGAGAUCAGUAUCAGUUCCACAAUCUAUACCGACCAACAAUCUAAUACCUUCACCAACACCAAUCACAUCAUCUGAACAGUCCAACAAUAACAAACCAACAACAGUUUUAUCAAGUGUCAACAAUGAAAAGAUAAUCAUGAGUAUCAAAAAAGAAAUACGAAGACCAACCAAAAACAAUAUCGAUCAAAUCAUAAAGAGUAUUCAACUGAUUGGUGGUACAGGUACAGAGGUUAACAAUAUAAUACGAAAACAAAUUAAACCACUGGCAGAAGAAUAUAAAAAGUAUUCUUUACUUUUAAGAUUAGAUGCAUUAGUUAGUGAAACAAACAAAUAA